AUGGCAGAUGAAGAGGACUACUCGUCCCUGCCGUUGACAGAGAGAGCUGUCCACAAAGUGUGGAAAGUUCGACUGGCUGCGUAUGAAGAGACUAAGAAACAGUUUGCCAGCUCCGGUUCAGAGUCAGAUGCCUGUUUCAGACCUUUUCUGGAUAACCCGGCGGUUUAUAAAAAGAUUGUUACAGAUUCCAAUGUCGUGGCACAGGAGGCUGGUAUCAGUUCGCUGGCUUCUUUCCUAGAGUUCGGUGGCUCAAACGCCUGUUUGCGUACUCGAGCUACUACAGUUGCACCUCUGGUGGAGAAGGGUUUAUCAUCCAGUCGUGCUGGUACCCGUCAAUCAGCUACUGAUGUGUUAUUGUGGUAUAUCGAGCUGGAUACCCCAGAUCCUGUUAUUGAGGAACUGACUCCGUUUUUAACUCAUCGAAUGCCGAAAUUGGUAGCAGCGGUGGUGGCAGCAUUGACUGCUAUUUUCAAGAACUUCGGCGCCAAGACUGUGUCUCCAAAGCCUUUAAUGAAAGAUAUUCCUAAACUAUUCGCACAUGCUGACAAGAAUGUGAGAGCAGAAGCUACUAAUUUAGUCGUUGAGCUGUAUAAAUGGCUUGGCAAAGGUGUAUCUGCACUUAUACUUCCUGAGCUUAAACCAGUCCAGCAAAAGGAGCUAGAAGAACUGUUCAGUAAAUUCGAUGCCAGUGGUGAGACUGUACAGCAAAUUCGAUUUAUCAAGUCACAGAAAGAAGCGAUGGAAAGACAACAAGCUAAUGGCAUCUCGAAUUCUGCUGGCAAUGGAGCUACUGAUGGGUUAGAUAGUAUGGAAGACGAUAGUGUAGAUCCACUUGAUCUUGUAGAUGCAGUCAGUAUCCUGCCGAAAGUAUCACCCAACUUGGCUGAACAAAUGGGGUCGACAAAGUGGAAGGACCGUAAAGAGGCGCUUGAAGAACUACUUCCUGUACUUCAGAGCUCUCCGAAGAUUGAAAAUGAUGAUUUCACUGACAUGGUGCGAUUACUAGCAAAAUGUAUUCAGAAAGAUGCCAAUAUCCAGGUUGUUGCACUGGCUGCAAACUGUGUUGAGACACUAGCUAAGGGUCUUCGACAAAAUUUCGCCCGAUAUGAGUCGACAGUUUUAGGCCCUCUUUUGGAGAGAACCAAAGAGAAGAAAGUUUCCGUGGCCGAGGCUCUUGGUGCAGCUCUUGAUGCUGUUUAUAAAUCCACAUCACUUUCAUCUGUCCUUGAUACGACCCUUGAACAUCUCAAGCAUAAAACACCACAAAUCAAGAUCGAAUCUGCCAAAUUUUUAGUGCGGUGUCUGAAAACCACGCCAGUUUCUCCUAAUACAUCAGAAGUUAAGUCUAUGGUUGAAUCAAGCAUUAAAUUAUUGAGUGAUACACAGGAACCUGUGCGAACAGGAGGUGCUGAGGUUCUUGGUGUGCUAAUGAAGAUCACUGGCGAGCGUGCUAUGAAUGCAUCACUUGAUGGAGUCGAUGAUAUCAAGAAAGCCAAAAUUAAGGAGUUUUUUGAGUCUGCCGUGGUUAUCGCUAAACCAGCCCAAGCUGCUCCAGCACCAGCACCAGCUCCUGCACGAGCAGCACCUGGUCAGGCAGCUAAUAGACAUCCAGGACACCCAGGACACCCUGGAGCUAACAACCCAGCUAAACCAGCAGCUCGAUCUAUUCAAGGCAUGAGAAGUACUCCAGCAAAACCACCUCCAGCAGCUAGAAGAAGACUGGUGAGUCCUGUCAAGGCACCAGAACUAACUUCCCAACCUGCUGCCUCAUCACUAUCAUCAGCCAAUUCAGCUCCUUUUGACGACCAACCAUCAAUUCCACCUCCAUCAAGUGUACCUCGACCAGGCGGUCUGACCAACCGGGUGCUCCAAUCUCGACAACCAGCAUCUAGACCACUUGCCAGUUCAGCAUCAAAUGCAUCGGCCAUUCCAGACGCUAGAUUAGUCGAACUAGACCAGUUACGAAGUGAACGAGCUGAGUGGAUUCGAGAACGUGAGCAGAUGAAAUGGAAAGCACAAGAAGAUCAAGCCGAGAAAAACAGGUUAAUGCAAGAAUUAUCGGAAGCUCAACGAAAAGUUGCUGAACAUAUCGAGAAACAAACCAAUGAAACAUUAAAGACCAAAAGUCUAGAAACACAACUGACGCGAUUACAUUCUGAUCUCGAGACAUACCGUGUUCGCAACAAUAAAUUAGAAGCUGAAUUAGAGCGAGUCAAGUCGCUGCUAAUGCGCCAGCAACAGCAUAUGGCCCAACCGAGUCCACAAUAUGCCAAUACCGACCAAACAGCAGCACCUACUCCCGGAUCUAGCAGCAUGCUGCGAAGUUUAAGCACUGGCAAAUCCGCAGGAGCAUCGACACACCGUCGUGGAACCUCGUCUUCACCUAAAUCACCAGCUAUGACAUUGCAAUUUGGCCUCGAUACAAGAUCCUCAUCGACAUCGUCUACAAACUCCACAUCGUCGAUUCGUACCCACAACGCAGCCAAUAGCGCGCUGAGGCGGUCUGUGGACUUUAGCAACCUCGGUCUUUCAUCAAUGCCAGAUGACGAGUACUACAAAACAUUGUCGUCAUCGUUCCAGCGACAAUUGAAUACCGGUCCCGACAAAGAAAACAGUCUUUCCAUGUCCGGCUACCGACCACUUCACCGACCACCACCAGCAGCUACUGCCAUGUCUGAAGACAGCGAAAUGACCGAAGCACCACCAUCGCCGUCACGAAUCCCGGUCUCUUCAGCAUCCGCUGCAGCCACCUCGACCACCACGGGCCCCGAAAACUGGCGCCGAGCCGCCGAGGUCACCUCGGAACUGCGAGCUAGAAUCGAGGCCAUGCGACGCGCUCGUGCUGUCGUAUAG